AUGUAGAAAACAAUCGCCGCAAGAGUAACCUCCCUUUCGAUUUCUCUCUGUGAUCCAUGUCCAUACCAGUGACCGCUAUCUGGUGGACAAUGGCAGACAUCUUUGACGUAAUUGUGGUAGGAGGCGGUGUUGUUGGAUGCGCUGUUGUCUGGGAAAUGACUUCACGUGGUUACAGAUGUCUUCUGCUAGAGAAAAAUGAAAACUUGAUUUCUGAAGCAAGUUCAGGAAAUAGUGGGAUGCUCCACACUGGUUUUGAUGCCCCUGCCGACAGCCUGGAGCUCCAGUGCAUAACUUACACCUUCCCCCGUAUGUUUGAUGUAUUACAAGGAUUCGGAUUAGUCUAUGACAAAAUUGGAGCAACAAUGGUUGCUUGGACACAAGAACAAGCUUCAAAGCUACCACUCAUCGCCCAGAGGUCUAAAACAGCGGGCAUAUCCCCCACUAGGGAGCUCAGCGUGUCUGAACUGUAUAGCAGAGAACCUAGGCUUAGCAGACACGCACAGGGGGCGCUGUGGAUUCCAGAGGAGACGGUAGUUGACCCAUGGCUGACGGCAAUCUCUUUUGCUCAUGAUGCCCGGCGAAAGGGAGCUGUGAUCGAAACAGACGCCCUGGUACAAAACAUAUGUAAAACGGAUGAUCAACGAGUAGACGUUAUGACGUCACGAGGGCAAUUUACUGGGAAUGUCGUCAUCAACUGCGGAGGUCUCUAUGGAGAUAUCGUAGAUAAAUUGGCUGGUCUACAGCAUUUCAGUAUCGCCCCAAAGAAAGGGCAAUAUGCAAUAUAUCCAAAGAAAGUGAAACACCUCAUAAAUUCCAGUAUUUUACCAAUUCCAACAGAAAAAGGGAAAGGUGAAAUUAUUUUCAAAACGGUCUAUGGCAAUGUUAUCAUUGGCCCGACAUUUGAGGAAUCGGCUUCCAGAAGACGACCAGAGAGCGACUCGAACACGAUCCAGCGGCUGAUGCGUUAUGGAGAUUCGUGUGUUCGGGGACUAGGAGAGUGCCCUAUAGUGAACACAUACACGGGACUCCGUCCAGCCACGGAAACCAAAGAUUACUGGAUCAAUUCCUACCCUGAAAGUUGCUGGAUCACGAUAGGCGGGAUCCGCUCCACAGGUUUGUCAGGAAGUCUUGGUAUUGCUGAUAAAGUCAGAAAUCUGAUUGUCAAUCAACACGGACUGGAACCAUCUCGGACAAAAAGGACCGAUCUCGAACGUAUAGCCAUUAAAUUUGUACCACCAAGCCAUGCCAUGCUUGAUGACGUCACAUACACAAUCACUCAUCCUAUCACCUUGAGUGGAAUAGAAACACGCUUAGAUUCCCAGCUGUAAGCCAGUACCCACGAUUAUUGUUUUGCACACGAUUGAAAAAUAAAUUUUAUUUUUGAAAUAUAUGCUUAGAUGGGGCAAAGAACUGCGAUGCUUUAUGCCUGCAUACCCCAUGGAGUGUGCUAACGCUCCGUGAAAAGUAAAUUGGCGUGGGGCGUUGCUGUUCAGACCCACGUGUGUUUUCAAAAUUGAGAAAUUUAUCUCUUAUAUUUACAUUCUAUUUUCAAUCAUGUCGGAGAAUUCCCAGCCGUUAGAUUAGUUGUACUAUAUUUAUCAAGAUUCAUACGCACAUUGUUCACAUUCAUAAGGAAAUGGCUAUCAUUUCAAUUGGUAAAGAUAGCAAAGGCAAAACCAUUGGAAAUAAAGAUAUUCUCUAAUGGCAAUAGUAUGAUACAAAAUUUUGUUUUAAUCUUACUUAAAUCCGUUCUAUUAUUAUUUAUAGUAAAUAAUAUAUGAAUAGCAGAAACAGUAUAUAUAUAGACAAAAUUGUGUAUAACAUUCAACUAGUAUGAUGUAAUAAAAUUCAACAAUCUCUAAAGAUAAACCAACUAUUCCAUAAGUUUAAUAUUGAUUUGUAAAUUCAAACCAGGGAUUCGAAAACUCCAUACAUAAUUAGAAAUUAACCAAUGCGUAGUCACGAUUUAUUGAUUUACAUAAUUAGAAAUUAACCAAUGCGUAGUUUCGAUUUAUUGAUUUACAUAAUUAGAAAUUAACCAAUGAGUAGUCACGAUUUAUUGAUUUACAUAAUUAGAAAUUAACCAAUGUGUAGUCACGAUUUAUUGAUUUACAUAAUUAGAAAUUAACCAAUGUGUAGUCACGAUUUAUUGAUUUACAUAAUUAGAAAUUAACCAAUGCGUAAUCACGAUUUAUUGAUUUGUAAAUACAAGUUAUGAAAAGAGAUUCAUUGGUCACAACACUCACCCUAGGCAAACAUAAUUCUUUUUAAUGAAAUUGGAUCUAUAUAUCAUAUCGCUACACAAAGGAGGGGGGGGGGGGUGUGAAACUGCGCUAAAUAAUGCAUGUUAUGUAUCAAUACACAACAUGAUUGAUUUGAUUGUAUAUUGCAUAGGUGUGCGUGUAUAUGUGUGUGCAUACAUGUAUGUAUAUGUUUUGUUUUUUCUUUCUUUUUUCCUUUUCUCUUUUGUUCUACUCUAGAUACUGACUUUGUGUAUUGUAUACUGUAGUAUUUGUAUAUCUCUAUAUCCUUUGUUCUACUCUAGAUACUGACUUUGUGUAUUGUAUACUGUAGUAUUUGCAUUUCUCUAUACCUUUUUAUACAUUGGUUUAUGAGAAUAAAUCAGCAUUUAACGUA